ACAAGCAAAAUGGACUUGCGCGUUGGUCAGCACGCGUACAUAAUUCCCUUCACGAGGGUAGUUGUUCAAUGUCCGGUGGAAUUCUUCGACGGACGCGAUCUAAUAUGGCGUCACGAGGCUCGACCAGAACGUCUGGGCUACACCGGACGAAAUGUAUCGCGUGUGCAUGUAGACCGCGAGGGCAGCCUUGUUAUCGCCAGCUUCCAGCCGCUAGAUGCAGGUAUCUGGCAUUGCCAAGCCGGCCUGCCACCACAUCCCGCCGUCCUGGCACCACCCGAGGUCCCGUCGACCAAGAGCGAGUUGGCCGCGGACUCGAACGCCGGCCCAGUAGAGGCCACCGUCACGCUGUUAACGCGCAGCUCGGCCUCGGGUUUCGCCGACUGGGUGCAGCGGAAUGCGCUUUGGCUGCGGCGGCGCGAGGGCUGGCUGAACGAGGACGCUUACGAUGAGGACGGUUCGAGUCCCGGCUCAGAGGUAUCUGGAGUCGGCGAGUCGGGAUUCGGCCUCGGUUUAGUCGAGUCAAAUGUUGGCUGGCCGGUGUAUGCUGGUCUGGUGCGACGCGACCUCAUCCAGUGGGUUGAGGCCGCCUGGUCCGUGUGCCCUCCGCUCUGCGGUCCCGACGCCAGUCCCGUGAACCAGACACGAGUGGUGCGCUGCGAGCGCAUAGACCGCCGGCAAUACCAAAUACUCAACGAGUCGGCCUGUCUUGAGAAGACCCUGCAGAAACCGGUCACCCAACGGCCUUGCGACAUAUCAAAGGAAUGCCCAAAAUGGCAACUAAGAAAUGUUGAUUUCUCGGUGGCUAUGUUCAUGGAGGUUCCAGAAUCAUAUAAGUAG